UCGGAUCAGUUGAACAACUGGUCGUUUGGAAAUCACAUGGAGUGCGUCCGAUUGGCUCAGUUGGCAGAGCGUGAGUCUCAUAAUCUCAAGGUCGUGAGUUCGAGCCUCACAUCGGGCACUGUCUUUUGCUUCUGCGGGGCUUCUCUUUUUGGAUAUACAGGCGCUUUUUUGCACGCUGGGCGAGACAAUGUCAGUCGAAUCAGGUGGUGGCAAGCCGGGCGCCAGCAAGAGCCCCGCUACAGCCUACAUUAUGGAGAGGUGAAUCAGCCAUACCUAUAUGGUGUAUGAAGCAUACUUUUCAGAUCCUUUGGAAUGAGCGUUGUAGAGAACGUUGCAUUCAUAUAUUGGUGCAAGACAGAAUACCUGAUUGGAACAUACUUCACCUUUGGUUGUGACUGGUAACCGUUACAGAUUGGCCAAGUAAUAGCUCAUGUUGUUUACAGCAUCUUUUUGACUUUUUUUAGUAUAUUCAAUGGUUGGCUUUUGGCUUAUCCA